AUGGACGAUCCGCCAGCCUUCACCACGCUAGAAGUGGCCAAGCACUCGAGCGCGGCGGACGCCUGGCUGAUCAUCGGCGGGCGUGUUCUAAACAUCUCGUCCUGGCUGCACGACCACCCGGGCGGUGACGUGGUGCUACUCGAUCUGGCAGGGCGCGACGCAACGCGCGAGUUCGACGACGUGGGCCACUCGGGCGACGCGCGCGCGCGGCUGGACGGCCUGGUGAUCGGGGAAGUGCGGGCGGCGACGGACGACGAGCUGCGCAUCGCGCGCAGCGGCGGCGCGGCGGCGCGCGGCGGCAAGGGCGGCGGGAUCGCGGCGCGCGGCGCGGACUUGGCCGCAAGCUGGGCGCGCGAGAACGGCGACGCGCUCAAGAGGGCAGGGAUGUGGGGCGCGGCGGCGGCGGCCGUGGUCGUGGCGGCCGUUGCCGUGCAGAGAUAUGGGACGCGGUCGUACGCGGGAGGGUCAUAG